CUCAAGUGCUGCAGUAUACGGUCCUCAUUGGUGUCGCGUUCCUCUUCUCUUCUCCCCAAUCUGAUUCACUACCCCCUCCGUCGUCGCCGCCGCCGCCGCAACAGCAGCCAUGUCCCCGUCGCUCCUCCUGCUUCACUCCUCUGCGACUCCUUGUAGGGGGCUUCUGCCUCCGCCAUCCAGCUGCUUCGCCACUUUCUCGCGCGCCUCCUCCCCCCUGCGGCCGCGACACCGCAUCCGCCUCGUGUGCGCCGCCGAGCAGCCCAACGGUGCCGCCUCUCCUGGCUCUGGCUCUGGAGGCGACGCCACGGCAAACCCAACCAACAACGGACUGCCCAAGAACAGGAGGGUUAUUCUCCUCGAAUACGUCAAAAAUGUCCAGCCAGAGUUUAUGGAGCUCUUCAUAAAAAGAGCUCCAGCACAGGUUGUCGAGGCCAUGCGCCAAACAGUGACUAAUAUGAUGGGCACUUUACCACCACAAUUUUUCGCUGUAACUGUCUCAACGGUCGCUGAAAAUCUGGCUCAGCUUAUGUACAGUGUCCUAAUGACUGGAUACAUGUUUAGGAAUGCACAGUACCGUCUGGAACUGCAACAGAGUUUGGAGCAGAUUGCUCUUCCUGAACCAAAAGAAGAAAAGGAUUACGCUCCUGGAACUCAGAAAAAGGUAACCGGGGAAGUUAUCCGUUGGAACAAGGCCACUGGACCUGAGAAAAUUGAUGCUGUAAAAUAUAUAGAAUUACUUGAAGCAGAAAUCGAUGAGCUGAGCCGUCAAGUUGCUAGGAAAACAUCACAAGGAAGUAAUGAGCUGUUGGAAUAUCUGAAGAGUCUAGAGCCUCAGAAUUUGAAGGAACUCACGAGUACUGCUGGCGAGGAUGUCGUCUUUGCCAUGAAUGCGUUCAUAAAGCGCCUGUUGGCGGUCUCUGACUCAGAGCAGAUGAAGACAGCAGUCUCGGAAACAAGUGCAAGUCAGCUGGCCAACUUGCUGUUCUGGCUGAUGAUCGUUGGGUACAGCAUGCGCAACAUUGAGGUGCGGUUGGACAUGGAGCGAGUGCUGGGUGCUCCCCCAAAGGUCGCCGAGCUACCACCACCACCAUCUGGAGGAGAGAACAUAUAAUACGCAGUUAGAAGAAUAGAGCCAACAAACCAACCUGGAAUUGUAGAUGUAGCCAUGUAAGAAUGGGCUCUGAAAGAUGUUGAUUGAAUCAACGAUUGGCUGGUGGCAUUCCAUUGCCUUGCUUUGUACUAAUAUACAGCAGCACUAGUACCAUAGGUGAUUGACUUGUCAUGGCUGAGUGAGGAGGCAAAGAUGCAUAUCCUUGAAUUGAUACUCUUGUGUGCAAAGAAAUGGCAAUGCAAAUUGGGGAGGAAGCUGUUGUUUGAGCUGAAAUUCCAGUUCCAGUCCGCCCAGACAGACACGCAGCAGUUCCGAGCUCCCCUCCGUCAAGUGGCUGAUCCGCAACCACCUGUUGGUGCAUAGGCUAAGGUUGAGUUGUCUGUCUUGUUGAUUCUACUUGUCUUCCUUCUACUCCAUGUUGGUUACCAGGAGCGAGGGAGGGAAGGAAGGGGAAUCGAUAGGAUUAGGGUGCUGUUUGGUUCACGUAUUUGUAAUGUGAUAAAUAACUGAUAAUGUUAAAUUAUGUUUGUUUAAAUCUAACUGUAACUAGAUGUUAAGGAUUA